AUGAAGGAUCAAGCCGGGGCAUGCCCAUUCGACGAAGAGCAGGAGCCGGCUGUUUGGAGUGAGGUACAGCAGCAGCAGCAGCAGCAGCAGCAGCAGCAGCAGCAGAAGCAGAACCAACUGCAGCUGGCGGGAAGGAUUCAGGCCUCGUUCUUCAUGUGGGAGGAAUCCUGCGGGAACGAGCUGCGUCAUUUGCCGUAA